UCUGUCCUCUGUCCCAAGGGUGGCUCACAGCCCUACUUCGGCAAAGCUCCCUGCAGCCACGGAGAGGGCCAGUCUACCCAGGCACUCUUCAGAAGUGGGUAUGUGGGGAUGGAUGAGGGGGCUCAUGCCUGUAAUCCCAGCACUUAGGGAGGCUGAGGGGAGAGGAUCGCUUGAGGCCAGGAGUUCCAGACCAGCCUGGGCAACAUAGAACCCUUAAGGCCAUGUUGGCGAGUGUCUGUGGUCACAGCUACUGGAGAGGCUGAAGCAGGAGGAUGACUGGAGCCCAGGAGGUGGAGGCUGCAGUGAGCUGUAUUCCCACUACUGCACUCCAGCCUGGGCGAUAGAGGGAGACCCUGUCUCAGAAAACAAGGAAAAUGGAUGUGCAGGCAUCUUUCGUAUUUGGAGAUUAUCCGUUUUACCCCGCUUAGCACCUCCUGAAGGCAGACAUCAGUGUGUCUGUAGGGGCACGGAGAGGGGAGGGGACCCCAUGGCUGCCUUGGACUGGACAGGUGGAAGCGUCUCAGAUUUUGGUGGCCUGGCUGGGCUUUGGCUGUGCCCAGGAGAGCGUCUAGGGAAGGUAUCCUCUUCACUUCCCUUCCUCGUUAGUGACAGCACCUAUGUCCCCUUAGAAAGGGGAACCGUCGGUCCUGCUGUGUCCCCAGGAGGCCCCAGCCCUGGGGAAGGUGGGGGAGCUCUGACUUCACCCAGCUGGACCCCACCAUCGGGUGCUCCUCACCGCGUCUGUUCCGCCCCAGGGAGGCCUUCGCCAGCUUCGGAGGCUUCUCUAGGGGCUCAUGACUCUGCAGCCGGCUCAGCUGCUGGGCUGUGCGGGUCCCAGGGGUCGCCAGGGGGCACAUCACCAUCAGGGGGAACGUGGCGCGGAGCCCGUCAUGGGUGAAUCCGCCGCCGCAACUGCAUCCCUUUUCCAAAGGCGGCGGCGGGGGCGAGGUGGUCCGGUCACUUUUCCCAGAGGCCUAAAGGGCAGCACGCGUUUUCUCUCUGGGCCGCCCUCACCCCCGCCCCCACUCCCGCCAGCACCGCCGUUCCCCGCGGCGCCCGGCCCCUGGCUGCGCAGACCCCUCUUCAGUCUGAAGCUGUCUGACACAGAGGACGUCUUUCCGCGCCGCGCGGGGCCGCUCGAGGUCCCGGCCGACAGCCGCGUGUUCGUGCAGGCGGCCUUGGCCCGUCCCUCCCCGCGCUGGGGCCUGGCCCUGCACCGCUGCUCAGUGACGCCGUCCUCACGCCCGGCCCCGGGGCCCGCCCUGGCUCUGCUGCGCGAGGGCUGCCCCGCCGACACCUCUGUCGCCUUCCCGCCACCGCCGCCGCCGAGCCCGGGUGCCACCCGCCCCGCCCGUUUCAGCUUCCGCCUGCGCCCGGUCUUCAACGCCUCGGUGCAGUUCCUGCACUGCCAGCUGAGCCGCUGCCGCCGCCUCCGGGGAGUCCGCCGGGCGCCUGCGCCUCUGACGCCGCCGCCGCCGCCGCCGCCAUCGCGGUGUCUGCCUCAGGACGAGGCGUGCGCCGGCACUGGCAGUGGCAGCGCCGAGGGUCUGGCUGCCGACGGCCCCCACCUGCACACGCUGACGCAGCCUAUCGUGGUCACCGUGCCGCGGCCGCCCCCCAGGCCGCCCAAGAGUGUCCCCGGCCGUGCCGUGCGCCCUGAGCCUCCUGCGCCGGCCCCUGCGGCCCUGGAACCCGCGCCAGUGGUGGCGCUGGUGUUGGCAGCCUUCGUGCUGGGCGCCGCACUGGCUGCCGGGCUGGGCCUCGUCUGCGCGCACUCAGCGCCCUCGGCUCCCGGCCCGCCCGCGAGAGCCUCGCCCAGCGGUCCCCAGCCCAGGAGGCCCCAGUGAGGAAGACCGAUGGAAGAGGCCAGUGGUCUGCUGGGAAGGGAGGUGGCCCGCGUAGCGUCCCCUCCCUUGCUGAGCCUCAGCCACCCCUCCCAGAGAUGGUGCGCCCCCAACGUGGUCCGGAGAUACACCCAGCUACCGCUUCGGGACCAGGACCAACAGGACCGGACCCGCCUCCCUGGACCUCGGACCUGAUGGGGCCACGACCCCUGUGCUUCUCUCCUCCCCGUCCCUCCCACCCACCUGUGCUCAAAAUAAACCUCUAGAUUGACCGGCUAA